CUGAUGUGCUCGUUGAUGUGCUUGGAUGGAAGAUCUGCCAAAAUCGACGCCAAUGCUGCUCGUGGGAUCUGUCAAGACGAAUGCAGUUCUAUCUCUGGGUGAUCAACAUGCUCGCCCACUCUGUCAGCACAGCCUUCGUCCCCCUCCUGCUGCCCCCCAAGGCUCCAUCUAUCGCUCAUCAUCCUUCCGUCAACCGGAGGGAGAGGUGGGCCGUCAUCAAGGGUGCAUCCACACCAGCAAGCGCCACGAAACAGCAGGGACCAUCACGGCCAGCGGCUUCUCGCCGCCGCCCCAGCAGCAGCGAGCAGAUACGACAAGCUGCGACGUCGGAUGAGCUGUUAGGCGUCUGCCAUCGCUACCGGGGCUCCCUUCGUCCCUUCACGUGCAGCGUGGCGCUGCUGCAGCUUUCCAAGGUUGCGCGAGGGGCUGAGCAGCUGCGGACCAUGAGAGAGGACAGUCGGUUCCAGCAGCUGGUGGAGGAGACCCUGGCGGGCAUCGACAAGAUGGAGCCAAGGUCACUGGCUACUUGUCUUUGGGCUCUGACAAGGUCAACAUGAUAAGACAAUAGGCAGGCGAGCCGGCCCACCCAUCAUGGCUGCAAGCCCCCAUUCACGCGUUCGCUUGUAUCGCAGACUGGGCGCCGAUGUUCCUCGUGAAUCCCUCGAUCGCUUCAGUGCCGCCAUCCUGGCGUACGCAGCGACGCCGGGUGCGUUUGAGGAGGCUGACAUGGGAUUCUUGUGGCAUGCCGUGGCCGAGGGAGGGAUCAGGCACGAUGCGGCGGUGAGGGCGCUGAUGCGGAUGACGAAGGAGAGCUUCGUCCGCGUGACGCCCCGUACUUUGGCUGCCAUGAUCAAGGCCAUAAGCAGAGGCCAGUGGAGGGACGAUGAAAUGCUAGAGGUUAGCGCUGACUGGGCACGCGAUGGACGUGUCUUCCAUAUCCUUUGUCUCUUCUGUCAGCUGUCCACCUCGCGGCUAUUGCGUGACCUCGCGGGUCGCCCUGAUACCGUCCCCAACAGUCUUGUGGCCACGGCUUUACCUGCGUUAGGGGACCUUGGCCACCACCCGCCCUCUCUGCUGCCCCUCACUGCGCAAUAUCUGAUGUCAGCAUCACCUCACGCCGACCUCGCUACCAAGUGGAGAAGGGGAAGCAUCGCGCCGUUCAUGAGAGGACUGUGUCAGCAUCUCGCCGCAGUGUAUCCCGACGGAAGCAACCCACCUCAGACGCUGAUCGACCUGGCAACGCAUUGGUCUCGGAGUCUGUUGCCGCUUCUUGAUGGCACCCCAUCAUCUCUUCUUGAUGCGAUCACCAUGGUUAUGGUGCGGCUGACCUAUGGAGGGCCUUUCAGGUGCCAUUAUCUGGAUGAAGAGACCCAUUUUGGGCGUGCUGCCGUGGAGGGCUUCUUUGUUGCGCUCAAGAGCGCGUGGCUGGCUAGAAUCGAGACGGCCGAGGGACGAAAGGACAUCGAAAGUGCAGAAUGCUCCAACGCCAUCGCCUUCCUCAAAGCUCGAGGCGAGCACGAGGCCGCAGACGAGCUGGCUAUCAUGCACUCUGGCGACAGGAUGGGCCAGGCAGCUUUCAGCCGGACGCUCUCGCGAGAUAUCGAGACUCUCUCGUGGGACGACCUGCUCAGCCGAUGCUGUUCCUUUCGCCUCGACGAUCACCGCGCGGGCAUCCCCUUCCUCGAUGCAACCAAUCUCGCUCUCGCCAUUGCAGGCAUUUCCGUUACGGCCGUGGACAUGGAAAGGCGGAGAGACCUCUUUACCGACCAUAGAUUCCUGGCCCUCGUCGCACGUGCCGUCGACAAGAUGCGCACGGCCGAUUUGAUGCUACAGGCCAACGCCGUGAGCAGCCUCGCGAAGCUUGGCUGGUGGGAAGGCGUGGCGGAGGGCGACCUGGGGCUAGAGUGGCGGUCAUAUGAGACGCUGGUUUGCAAUGCACUGGCCGCAGCGGAGAGGGAAGCGGGUGAGGGAAGGGUGGACUGGCAGGCAGUGGCCACGUUGGUAUGGGCGGUUGGUCACGUGGGGGUCGCCACUGAUGGCAUCCGCCAGGUGAGCAGCGCCAGGCAAAAGGCAGGCAGAGACAUCCAAUCAUCUCAUUGAUUUCCCUUUCCUUCCAGCGCCUGUCAUCUCUCCUGUCUCGCUGCUCGCCCGACGGCGACGCGCUUCGCGAAAUCGGGGCCAUCGCAACCAUGUUAUUCGGAUUGGGGUCACUCCAGUGGACGGCAGGGGAUAAUUUCACACGGCUCGUCCAGCACUAUGUGGUCCGUGUUAACGGCAGGCGGCCUGAGAAGACGUCACAGGGCCUCGCGAACGUAGUCUGGGCAAUGGGGAAGCUGAAAUGGAGGGAUGACAAGACGCUCAAGGUCAGCAACGCUGGGGGUCUCCUCACUUGCUUACCCCUACACUAUGGCGUUUUCGCAGGCUCUCGAGCCCAUAGUGAUCCACCACCUGAACCAUACCCAGCCCGAAGGCAUGUCGCAGAUUCUGUGGGCCAUGGGUCGACUGAAAUGGUCGUCGUCUCGUCUGCUCGACGCCGUGGCCACAGCCAUCUGCAGCCGCGAGGAUAGUCUUGCAGCCGCGAGCAUAAGAGAUGCUGACUUGAUGCUGCUGACGAUGGCCAGCUUGGGAUGGCGAGACGAAAGGCUGCUGUCAAGGGUGGAGAGGUGCGUGCGGGAGGAAGCGUCGGAGGCAACACCUGAGGUCAGGGGAUGGAUGGAUGAAUGGAUGUGUGGACAGACACACGUCUGCCUCCCUGUGUUGUGUGUGUGUCAGGAGUGUGGGUCGCUGAUAUGGGCUGCGGGUGAGCUGCAGUGGGACUCCCCUCCCCUACUGACCAAACUCACCGACACCCUGCAACGGCACAUCAGGUACCACUCACUACCCACACACAUGCAUUGCAUUGCAUUGCAUUCACGCACACAUGAAUGAAUACACUCGCGUGUGUAUUGCAUUGCUGUCCUCCAAAGUGUAUGUGGCGGUGGUGCGACCUCCCUCUCGCCCAAGACAAUUUACCUCACCCUGCACGGCCUUCGCAUGCUACAGCACAGCGACCAUCUGCUCGUGGGGCAGAUGGUGGCCCUGGUCCCCUCUCUGCUGCAGAGCAUGACGGCAGAGAGUGAGAUGGACCCGGCCAUCGAGCGGCUGCUGAAUGAGUUGAGCCAGCUUCCACCGAUUGAUGCCUCACUCGACAGUCUCAUGCUCGACAGCGUUGCUGCGGUGAGUGGGGCGAGAGGGUGAGUGCACAGAGGGCGGCGGCGGUAGUGAUCCUUCCCUGUACUUUUCUGUCAGUACGUGUCCGGCCACAUAUCGCAUGCUGACGAGGGCACACUCCGUGCGGCUGUGAGGUUGUUCGCAGCGCGUGGCGACGUCAUGGAGCUGAUCAGGUCUAUCACCGAAGCCGCAACAACAGCUCAAUACGACGAUGCAGCCAAGAGAAAGGUAUUUAUUACACAGGUCUCCCCUCAACCCUCACACAACACAACCGUGUCUGUGUCCUCGUUCCUGUCUGUCAUCAGGCAGCCCGGCGGGCUCUUCUCGUGUACCAUCGCACCGGCAUGGCCCCUGACGACCCCCGCACGCUGUCAUGGCUGCUCGACGCAUCCCUCCAGGAAUUGCAUGAAGAGGACACGUCUUCUCUGGUCAGCCUCCUCUCAACUCACAGAAGCAUCGGGGGGCUUGGCAACAGGCGGAUGGAGCCGUUGCUGACGGAGCUGGGGGGUAGACUGAAUGAGGGUAACAUGACCCUACAUGAGGUGACGGGACUCCUGGAUGGCCUGGUGGACCGCUAUCCGUCGUUCGUGGAGGACCACCGUGACGCCAUCGCCAAACAGGUGCGUCUUCAUGUGCAGCACACACGUCCAUGCGAUAUGGAAUGUCUGUUGCCUGCCGGAUCAGGUGACGGCCGCAGUGGAGCGAUCGCGACCUUCUCACAGUGUUCCCGACCCACGAGAGCCAUCCAAGCGACUCGCCGACCUGUGGAGGCUUGCCCGGAUCACCCCACGGGUGUUCGACGGUGUCCCUGAGGCCGUCGUGGUGGCCCUUGCAUCGGCAAACGUGGAGGGCGUGCAAUGGGAGCGGAAACGACGCGUGCACUUGCUGCUGACGCUGUGCAAGCUCUUGCGUGACCAGCAAAUGAAGAAGAAAACGGAGAGGCUGCUCGUUAAGGCGAUUGAGGAACGGAUCGCGGAUGUCGUACUCCCUGCCAAGGACACAUCCUCUCUCGAGGCCGACGAGACGGCGGCACUCGGGCUGGCCUUGGCCUACAUGCACCAGCAUCAGCACGGCAAACGGCUGGCUGACGCGUAUCCGGCCUUCUACACAUCGCUGAUGGACACCAUCCUCACAGUUCUAUUGUACCACCGCACAGCCCUCGACCCUUCAUCCAUCGCCAGCCUCAUUUUCGCCGUCGUACAUCUCCCGGGUGUGUUGCCACAGUCGGCGGUCGACAUGGUCAUCUCUCGCGCGCUGAGGGAGGAACCAUCUGCGCGCGUGGCGGCCAUCUUGUGUCGUUAUGUGGCGAUCGGAGGCGCGGCUGCCAGCUGGCGACCUGUGAAUAUGAUGGUUGACCGGUUGGCGGCGGAUCAUGACGCGGGAGAGGUCCGACGAGCCUUGAGGGUGUUCGAACGCGCUGAGCUGGGGCGGGCUGAUGCACAAGUGGGCUGGGCUAAAUGGGGGGAGAGAGUGAAGAGGGACGUGGUCAGGUCACUUCACUCACGUGUCUGUGCUGUGUGUGUGUGUAUGGUAUGGGUGGGGUGGAUGCAGCGCCUGGUCGACGUCAUUCUUGAGCGCGGUCUGUCACGUCAUUAUGGGCCCCCUGACGUCGUCAUGGCUGUGCUGGAUAUUGCCGUGGAAGUUGCGAGGAGGGCUGACGUGGCCGAAGGGGUGAGGGAGCGGGUGGAGCAGUACCUGGCGGGCCCUCUCACAGACACGAAAUCGCUCAGCAGGUGAAUGGAAUUUGAAAGGCAUUCAUUCAUUCAUGUUCGAGCUGCUUCCAUCGACUGGGCGGUCCAUUCCAUGUGUGUGCUGUGCUGUGCUGUUGUGUCAGGAUGGACAUGAGGGCUCUGCGUCGAUUGAUUGGGCUAAUGGCGUUCGCAGAGGACGGCAAAAGGAUGACCGCCGAGGCAGACCUCACCACAUGGAGGGUAACUAACACAACCCAAGAAGCACGCAACCUUCUUUGCUGUACUCCCCUGGUGCCUGGUUGUGGCUGUCUCUCAUUUUAGGCCAUUUGCGAGCGAUACAUAAGCCUCUUGGCGUCAGCCGACCUCCCGGCCACCCUGCUCACGUUCGAGCAUCUCGCCAAUGCCCGAGUGCAUCACCCCGCCCUCAUGGAGGCACUCGCCACUGCCAUCGAGUAUCGUGGUUCCCUGGACACGAUAAGUCCAGCUCUGGUGUGUCGAUGCGCAUCGGCUCUGACGCUCUGUGCUCCGACGGAUGGGUUGAGGAGAUGUGCUGCUCUCAUCGCAGAUACCGCUGGUGUGUGAGCUGCGCACACAACACUUGCCAUGCCAUGGGUCAGCCAUUUGGUGUAGGGUAGGCAUGACUAACUGGUGUGCAAAUGUCUGUCAGAUCGGCGGCAGCUGGACCUUGACUUGGUCGUCGCGUCGAUUAUUGGCCGUGCGCUCGCCGUAUGUGGGGUGUUUGAGCCGGCUGGGCUGUUCAAGCGCAUCUUCUCACACGCUGCGGUGCUCACGGCCGACAAGGCAAUGGACGAGGCGACACAGAUUGUGGCAUCCCGGCUGCAGCAGGCUCGCCUUGCGUGGGAGGUUGAGUGCGGUUCCCUUCCAACAUCACCGACAGAGCCACAGCCGCCGCCGGCCACUCGUCCACAAGCGUCAUCCUGGGUCGACCAAUGCGCCGACGAUCUGCAAGACACCGACGCGGCCAUCGAUGAGCAGGGGUCUGAAUGGAGCAGCGAUGGGGGAGAGGACAACAAGUGGGUCGUUCCGGGGGCUGUGGGUGGGGGAGGGGUGCGGGCACUGGCAAGGUGGCAGAGGGCGCUCACGGUGGUCGGGGAGGAGGUGGCCACCAAGUCAUCUCGCCUGCACACACUCGUGUCGGACCAGCUCGAUGCUCUCGGCGUCCUACAUGAGAACGAGGCCGUCACAAAGGAGGGCGUCUCGAUCGAUGUCCGAAUCACACUGGUAAGGUGAACCGACCCACGCACAUAUCCAUGGCCGGCCACCUGUGCUGUCGUUGUGUGGUGGCUUGGCUGUGCUGUGCUGUGCAGCGGGGUCAUGAGAAAGUUGCCAUCGAGGUUGACGGCCCGAAGCACUUUGUCCGAGACGUCACUACGGUCAGUCAGUCAGCCAACCAGACAGUCGGUCGGCACGUAGCCACCCACUCCAUGUAUGUGUGAAUAUGUCGACCGCUCUGUUGUCUGUGUGUCAAUGACUCCUCCGGUCACUCAUGUAUGUCAGGGUGCCUUCAUCGCCCACGCCACCGCCGUCCACAAGCGACGAACGCUGGCCAGCAGAGGCUGGAAAGUCAUCUCGCUCGACUUCCUCUCCAUCGACCAGCGAGGCAUUUCCUAUGUGCAAGAUGAGCUCACACGUGCGGGAGUCCUGGCAAGUGCCGCUGGGUGUGAUGAUGACGACCCCAUUGACCUGCUCAAGAAGCUGCGGGUUAGAAACAACAAAGGUCGGGGGCUGGGCAUCGCGUGGAGCGAGAAGGAUCGGUGUUUUCGCGUCCGUCUGCAGCACGGAGGAAGGAGGCAUGACCUGGGCAAGUUCGCGGCCAGGCGGGGAGGGGUGGGGGUGGCUCUCGACAAGGCCCUGGCAGCGAGGAAUGGAUUGGCUGCGCAGCUGGGGCUGCCACUAGUGGAGGGCGUGUGACGGGAUGAGUGUGGGCUUAUGCAUGCGAGCGCUUUUUCUGUUGAUACGACCGUCUUGUAGCGCAGAACUCCUCUGUGGC